ACAUUCGACCGUACUUCGAUAAGCCAUUCGUGUGUUUUCUGCGGUUCGUUUAAGGUGUCGUGUGUUAAUUUUGUUCAGCUGUUCUUUUUUUCGUAGUUUUCCGGCUUCUGUUAAUUAAUUUGUAUCGUGUAAAUGAACAAUUUUCGCGUUAUUUGUCCUAUAAUCUGUUUAAAUCGAAGCUAAACUCGAACAGGACGUGGUAAUCUUGCAGUUUCGAAGACUACUUUGGAUCACCGAUAUCUCGCUUUGAUCGAGGUAAAGACGUAAAUUUGAAUUUCUUUUCGCGCCUCAUUUGCGGUCUAUGAUGAACGGCGUUAAUGGCUGUAAUGGUCACCAUGAAAAUGGAGAAUCUUUGUCCAACGCUUUCAACGCCAAAGGAUGCUGGACCAUUGGAUUAAUCAACGUCCAGUAUAAAUACCUGACUGCUGAAACGUUCGGCUUCAAGAUCAACGCGAACGGGGCUUCGUUGAAGAAGAAACAAAUCUGGACUCUGGAGCCGGCUCCGGGUGAAGCUAGUGCGAUCUACUUGAAAUCCCAUUUGGAUAAAUACCUGGCCGUCGAUUCCUUCGGUAAUGUUACGUGCGAAUCGGAAGAUAAAGAGGCUGGAUGCAAGUUCGUCAUCUCGGUGGCUGCGGAUAACUCUGGACGUUGGGCUUUGAAGAACAUCGCUCGAGGGUAUUUCUUGGGAGCGUCUUCGGAUAAGUUAACAUGUACGGCCAAAGUACCCGGAAACGCCGAGUACUGGUUGGUGCACUUGGCCGCUCGUCCUCAGGUAAACUUACGAUCAGUCGGACGUAAAAGAUUCGCUCAUUUGUCCGAAAACUUCGACGAAAUUCACGUAGACGCCAACGUACCGUGGGGCGAAGACACCCUCUUCACGUUGGAAUUCCGAGUCGACGACGGAGGCAAAUACGCUCUACAUACGUGCAACAAUAAAUACCUAUCCAGAGAAGGUAAAUUGGUGGACACUUGUAAUCCCAAUUGCCUAUUUUCACUCGAAUAUCACGGAGGUCUUCUCGCCCUGAGGGAUAAAAGCGGAGGUUAUUUGUCGCCUAUUGGAUCGAAAGCAGUGUUGAAAACCAGAUCCCAAAGUGUGACCAAAGAUGAAUUAUUCUCGUUGGAAGAUUCGUUACCUCAAGCUAGUUUUAUCGCCGCACUCAAUUCGAGAUACGUUUCGGUUAAACAAGGUGUCGACGUGACUGCCAACCAAGACGAAAUAUCUGAUCAUGAAACCUUUCAGCUGGAAUUCGACUCGUCCACCAAGAGAUGGUAUAUUCGUACGAUGCAGGAUCGAUAUUGGACUCUGGAAACAGCCGGCGGUAUCCAAGCUGUGGGUGACAAAAGAUCAUCAAAUGCCUUAUUCGAUCUGGUCUGGCAACCGGAUGGAUCGGUUUGUUUUCGAGCCAACAAUGGUAAAUAUGUGGCAACGAAACGUUCCGGACAUUUAUAUGCGAAUAGCGAUACGGUCGAAGAAUCGUGCAAAUACUUCUUUUAUUUAAUUAACAGGCCAAUCCUGGUUUUGAAAAGCGAUCAAGGAUUCGUUGGCUACAAAGCCGGCGCCAAUUUCCAAUUGGAAUGCAAUAAAGCAAGUUACGAAACCAUCCAAGUCGAACGAUCGGACCGAGGAGUGGUAUUUUUCAAAGGUCAAAACGGUAAAUAUUGGCAUUCUUCUAACGAAUCAGUGACCGUCGACUCGGACGUACCGGAAGGUUUCUUCAUCGAAUUACGCGAACCGACUAAAAUUUGCAUCAAAACAGCUAAUCCGAGCGGAGAAUAUCUAAUGGCUGGUAAAAAUGGCUCGUUCCGUUUAGGAGAUUCGAAUUUCCAAACUUCUACGUUAUGGGAAUACUAAAAACCGAGGAGAAAAUUUCUAGGCAUUACAAUACGUUUUUUUCUUCCUUUAUUUUUUUGAAUUUUCCUUUGCAAGUGUUAGCCUAUUUUUUUUCGUAGGUAGUCAAUGUACGUGUAACUUUGAACGAUGAGAUGGGAAUUGCAAAUAUCUUUUUUAUUUUUUACAUCUCCAAUAAUCAAAAUGUGUUUUUUUUCUUCUUCUUUUACGUCGUAGUAUUAGUUAUGGGUGCUAAUUGUUAAAUGCUGCUUAAUUUAUUCGGGAAAAAAAUUUACGAGACGUGCUCAUUGUGUACGUGUAGGUACUAUGAAAAAGGAUACGUGGUUCUUUUUUUCCUAUUUAUGAUACAAAUACAUAGAGAAUGAUGGUUUAUGAAAUGCUUUGUAAACGCAAUUCAAUAUUUAUGUAUAUUAUUUUGAUGAUUUUUUUUUUUUUUAAAUGUACGCUCACACGCGGUAAGACUGGUUUUGAAAUUUUAUACAUUUUUCAUGCUUGGAAACAAUUCAUCGAAAAAUUUUUUUGUUAAUUAGCUUGUAAUUUAUUUUUUAUUUAAUUGUUGAAUUGUUUUAUACGUGUUGUCAUCGCGCAUGUAAUUUAUUAUUAUUGAUUAAUUUUUUUUUAUUUUUUGGUGUUUUCAUCAUCGAAAAAAAAUCAAUCAUUUUUUUUGUUUUAAUUUUUAAAAAAAUUCAUAUAUUUUUUUAUAUUUAUUGCUUUAGUUUUAAAUUAUUAUUUACAAUUUUACAUACCUUUUUAAAGUGAUAUAUUUUUAAUUUCAACAUCAAAACUUUUUACGGUCAUUUUUAAAUUUAUAUAUUUUUAUACUGAUUCGUUGAAAUUGUUUAUUUAUUUUUUUUCCUUUUUAAACCAUAAUAUACUGUUGAGGAAUAUCGCAUUUUAUACUUAAAAAGUCUAUUGUACACCAAAUACAUAUUUUAAAGCUUUUA